AUGAGUUCAGCCCAGGGCACCAGUGCUGAGGAGGGGACACUCAUCACUUUGUGUUACGAGGCGAACGACUCCUGCUACAGGACCUUACACCCCUUCGGCAUCCAGGUGGCCAUGUAUCUGGCCUGUGCCUUGGGCAUGCUGAUCACGGUGCUGGGGAACCUGCUUGUUGUUGUCAUCAUUUUCCAUUUCAAAGCCCUGCACACCCCCACCAACCUCCUGCUCCUCUCCUUGGCCCUUGCCGACCUCCUCCUGGGGGUGACCGUGCUGCCCUUCAGCACCAUCCGGUCCGUAGAGGGCUGCUGGUAUUUUGGAGAUGACUUCUGUAUGCUGCACACCUUUCUGGACACACUCUUUUGCUUGACCUCCAUAUUCCAUCUGUGUUUCAUUUCCAUUGAUCGGCACUGCGCCAUCUGUGACCCUUUGCUCUACCCCAUCAAGUUCACCAUAAGAGUGGCCUACAUUUACAUUGGGGUGGGGUGGGCAGUACCCAUGGCUUAUACCUCUGUCUUUCUCUACCCUAAAGUGAUUGCAGAAGGACAGGGUCAUUUUCUGCGGGAUGUGCUCUGUCUUGGUAGUUGUCAACCACUGUUCAACAAGAUUUGGGGGUGGUUAAACUUUCCAGUAUUCUUCUUCCCUUGCCUUGUAAUGAUAGUUUUGUACAUAAAAAUAUUUGCUGUGGCUAACAAGCAAGCCAGGCUGAUAAACAACACGUGUAGGAGUAUCAGGUCUCAGCCACCCAUAGGAGCAUCCAAGAGUGAAAGGAAAGCAGCAAAAACUCUUGGGAUAGCUGUAGGAGUCUACCUCCUGUGCUGGUUGCCCUUUACUAUUGACACCAUGGUUAACAGUAUUCUGGAUUUCAUUACCCCCCCGGUCCUGUUUAACAUCCUAGUUUGGUUCGCUUACUUCAAUUCUGCCUGCAAUCCGUUGAUCUAUGUAUUUUCCUACCGCUGGUUCAGGAAAGCUGUGAAACUAGUCAUAACUCAUGGGAUCUUUUGUUCCAGGACAUCUACAGUAGACUUGUAUCAGGAAUGA